CCAUAUCUCAUAAAAUUUUACAAUAUGGUGAAGCUAACAAUGGUUGGAAGGGUUAGAGAUGGAUUGCCAAUUGCACAAGGAAUUAGGUAUGUUAAUGAAGAGAAUGAUGAUGUUUUUGGGUACAAAAAGCAAGCUGAAUUCAUACUCAAAGAGAUCUCUAGAGGGACUUUGUCACCUCCAAAAAUGGUCAUUCUAAUGCAUCAUCACUCUUUCAUUUACUUGGUGGAAAAUGGUGUAUGCUAUAUGACAUUGUGCGAUUCUUCAUACCCAAGAAAGCUGGCUAUCCAUUACUUACAAGAUUUGCAAAAAGAGUUUGGGAAGUUUGAUGAUGCUCUGAUAAAUAAGCUUAUCAAACCCUAUAGUUUUCUCAAAUUUGACAGUAUUAUUAGCAAUGUUAGAAAACAAUAUAUCGAUACAAGAACACAAGCCAAUCUUAGCAAGCUCAAUGCAAAUCGUCGUCAACCUGAUCCAGAUAUUUCCACUUGUUCGCUUUCUGAAAUUUUAGAGAGAAGGAGAAAAUUCGAUAUGGUGGAAAGAUCAAGGAGUAAUAAUAAUACAAAUUCUGAAGGUAAUUCCUGCUCCAUUUGGGGGUCUCCCUAUCUUGAGGAAAUUGGUGUGAAAUGGACGCCAAUGGUGGUAACUUUUGGCGUAGUGCUUAUCGUUCUAUGGGCUUCCUUUCUUCUAUUCGACAUCUCAUUAUCUCAUCAUAAUCAAUUUGUAAUUUUAUAUAACAACAGAAAAUUGUUUCCCUAAUUUUGUUUAAUAUUUCUUUUCUUCCCAUACACCACUCUCUCUUCCAUUAAUUUCUUUCACUUUACCUACACGUGCCUGUAUAGAUACGAAAUCUUUUUUAAUAGUAUAAAUUUAUAAAUCAUUUAA